CAGUUGACACAGCAGCGUUUAAAAGACUAGCGUCCCGCACGCGCGGCGACUCAAACGACGCUGAGGCGCGUCAGAGCGUUUGGGUUCUUCUCCUGAAAUCCCUUUCGUGGAGUACAACAGCAAAUUUGUCGUCCUUCACAUAUUCGAUCAAUGGCAUUCAUCAUGAUGAAAAAGAAGAGGUUUAAGUUUAAAGUAGAUGUGGAGCUGGAGGAGCUGUCAUCUGUCCCAUACGUGAAUGGAGUUCUGUUCUGCAAGGUUCGACUAACGGACGGAGGCUUUUCAGACGAGUCCUCAAGAGAGCCAGUUCUGGUGAAUUGUGUUAAAUGGAAGAAAAAAUUAUCCUUUUUAUGCAAGAUGAGUGCUAAUGCAGGGACAGGGGUGUUGGAUCCAUGUGUUUUUCGGGUGUCUGUAAGAAAGGAGCUCAAAGGUGGGAAGACGUUUGCAAAGCUUGGCUUUGCUGAUUUAAACUUGGCUGAGUUUGCCGGUUCAGGAAGCACCACACGGCGUUGUUUAUUGGAGGGGUACAACACCAAAAACACUCGUCAGGACAACUCUAUACUGAAGUUAAUAAUCAGUAUGCAGCUAAUGUCGGGUGAUCCCUGCUUUAAAACGCCUCCAUCCACUGCAAUGACGAUUGGUUUUCCAGGAGAAACAGAGACAUGUCUACAUGAGGACAGAAGAGGAGAGACGCAGAAUGCAAUCUAUACAGAAAACCCAGGAAAAAUUGGCUUCAGUCAUGGUUCUGUUCCAGAUGAACUGGGAAAGUGUGGUCACUCAAGAACCGCCAGCUACGCCAGCCAGCAGUCCAAACUUUCCGGCUACAGCACAGGUCACUCACGCUCCUCCAGCCUGACAGAGUUCUCUCAUCGGAGGAACUUGUCUGUGGGCAGUGCCUCCACUGGGGUUGGCAGCCUACCAGAGCCCAGUGAGGACAGAGAGUCUCGCACACAGGCUUGCACACCUUUACCCCACCACUUAGCCACACCGUCCCACAGUGGGAUCACAGCCAACAGGCACCCUGUAAAACAGGAUUCGGUUGAGUCUCAGCUAAAGCGAGUGGAUGCUACCAGAGUGGAUGCUGAUGAUAUCAUUGAGACAAUCCUACAGGGUCAAGACUUCAGCCACAGCAUACUGGACUCUAGUAAUGAAGAGGAGGGUCUGCGACUGUUUGUUGGGCCAGGAGGCAGCACUGCACUAGGCUCUCAGCACACCAGGGUUGGUGCAGGAGCUUUUGAACAGGUGGUUAUAAAACGCUAGACUGAAUGUCCGUGGGGGAAGGUGAUGUAAUAUCCUGUGUCAAACCAGAGGACCGCAGUUGUCACAAGCAUCAGUUCAAUGCUGGGCUCCUGACACAUUGAUGGGCUCUAGGAAUUUGUGGAAUCACUGCUCCCCCUAGUGGUAAAGUUCUGAAGACAGACAGAAGCUUUGCUUUAGCUCAAAGUAACAGGAAAUACUUGGAUUGGUAUUGUUUUACCAAAAAUAGAUGGUUAUAGUUCUCACAGACAUUUAAAAAAAAAUGCCUGGAACCACUGGUGGACCUGAAAAGGCAUUUUGCAGACUCAGAGUAAGGACUAUUUUUUAUAUAGAAAUCAGCUUGUUUAAAUCCACUGAGAUGGACUGAUGCACUUUGUAUUGUCUGAUGUUUACUUGGUUGGAUGCUGCUAAUUUGGGGGGGGGGGGGGGAUCAAGUACCACUGAUUUCAAGUGGACAAUCAUAUUUGUCAUUUUGCGAGGCCAUAAAUGUAGUGUAACAAAUGUGUAACGAAUGUGUAACAAAUGUGUUGAUUUAAAAAAAAAACUGUAUAAAAAUACAGUAAACAGGUGACAGAUGGUUUGAUAAACACGUGAGUUCUCUAAGAUCCCAGUUUGUGAACCUUUUUGUCAGCAUUAACAAGACUCAACCACAAGUUUCCCAGGGAUGGAGACUGCAAAUAGCAGUUUGUUAAAAUGGCAUAAUACAAAUUCUAUUUAUAGGCAUUCCUUUUCAUUUGAGGAAAAAGCAGAAGACCUGAGCCAUUCAGGAUCAAUGUGUUUGUUUUUUAAAGGUUUGUUAAUG